CAUCCCUGCAGAGAAGCCACCAGCAUCCCUCAUCAUCCGGCAGAACGAUUUCCAGCGCAUUGAAGAAGCAGCUCAAGUUCUGAGCAAGGAGGAGCGGGAGGCCAAGCUGUCAGCCCUCAAAGCGGAGAAGGAAGCUGUUCUCGAGGCAGCGAGUGAGCGCAAGAAGGCGGCCAAGCAACAGGGGAAGACGGAGAAGCUGAGUGAGCUGGAGGAGGAGGCGCGGGAGCGGGCCCAGUACCUGCUGCAGCGGGCGAACAGGAUGCGCAUGGAGCAGGAAGAUGAGAUCAGGGAGUUCAGCGAGCUGAUCCUCGGUGCCAAGUGCCACAUGAUCCGUGACACGCAGAUCCUUGAGAAGCAGCUCAUCGCAAAAGAGCUGGAGGAAGAAGAGAUGCGCCUGGCCAGGAUGAUGGAGGUGGAGAGGAAAAAGGCCGAUGACAUGCAGGAGGAACUGGAGUGCAGGAGGAAGCAGGAGCUGAUCAGAGGGAGGCAGGAGAUCGUGGAGCAGAUGGAGCAGAACGCGGAGGAGCGGGCCCUGAGAGCUGAGCGACAGGACCAGGAGGCACAGGAGAUGCGGGAGUACAUGGAGCAGCUGAAGAGGGAGGACCUGAAGGCCUUGGACCGGAGACAGGAGCAGCAGAAGAAAAUCCAGGCUGAGAUUAAACGCAUCAAUGAUGAGAACCAGAGACUCAAGGAGGAGCAGCGGGAGCAGGAGAGGAGAGCAGACGAGCGGGUGCUCGAGUACCAGCGGCAGAAAAUGGAGCGUGAGGCCGAGCUUGAAGCCGAGCAGAAGAGAAUUCGAUGGGAGAAGGAGAAGGAGACGGCGCGCUUGAGGGUCAUGCAGGAGAGGGCCCGGGACCAUCAGGCAGAGCAGGAGGCGCGGAGGGCAAAGCGCAGCCAAGAGGCUGCGGAGCGAGAAUGGCGGCGGAAGGAGAAGGAGGCGGCGCAGAGGAAGGCCGAGAUGGAGCAGAUGCUGAAGCGGAGCUGGCUGGAGCAGAUCGUCCGGAGGGAGCACGACAUGGCUGUGCAGGUGCAGCGGGACCAUCAGGAGUUCGAGAGGAUCCUCAGGUGA